AUGGGGUUUUCUCAAAAAUGGGGUUGUGUCGUGCCCCUUGUUGUUAUAUUGGUUUUGAAUAUGAGUGUUGAGAUUCUUUGUGACGAGAAAGUUGAGAUGAAGGGUUGGAGAGAACAUGACUGCAUGACGAGAAAGUUGAGAUUCUUUGUGACGAGAAAGUUUCCAUGGUCGUCGUGGCCGUCAUGGAAAAGGACACAAUGGCAGUGUGGAAGAUAUGGAGCUGGAGGUGGGUUCGGUGGGAGUGCAAGUGGAAGUGGAGGUUCAGGAGGAGGCGGGGGAGGUGGAAAAGGUGGUGGAGAUAGUAUUGGGGGUGGUUUUGGCUCUGGUGGAGGGUUUGGAGCAGGAGGUGGUGUUGGUAGCAGUACAGGUGGAGGUGAAGGUCAUGGAAAAGGUGGUGGGGGUGGUUCUGGCUCAGGUGGAGGGACUGGAGCAAGAGGUGGUUCUGGUAGCAGUACAGGUGGACAUCAUGGAAGAGGAGGAAAAGGUGAUGGAGGCAGUGUUGGGGGUGGCUCGGGUGGAGGGAUAGGAGCAAGAGGUGGUGUUGGUUGUAGUACAAGUGGAGGUCAUCGAGGAGGAGGGGGAUGGGGAGGAGGUGGAGGAAGGAUUGGGGGUGGUUCAGGCUCGGCUGGAGGGAUAGGAGGUGGUGUUGGUGGCAGUAUAGGCGGAGGUUUUGAAGGAGGUGGAGGAGGGGGAAAAGGUGGUGGAGGAGGCCGUGUUUCGGGUGAUUUCAGAUCAGUUGGAGGGAUUGGAGCAAGUGGUGGUAUUGGUGGCAGCACAAGUGGAGACCUUGCAGGAGAUGGAGGCCAUACUGGGGUUGGUUUCGGCUCGAGUGGAGGGCUUGGAGCAGGAGGUGGUGUUGACGGAGGUUGGGGUGGGGGUGGGGGUGGGGUGGAGGUGGAGCUUUAG